UUUCUGGGGUUUUUACGUGCAUGUUUGUAAGCGCGUCAAGUGUAUCAAAUGACAUGAAUAUUUCCCAAAAGUAUUAGAAUCCCCAGAAGACGUAACUAAGAAUACAUUGCAGUAAGCCAUUAAAUAAUUAACUGCACAAAAUGGCACUGGAGCGGGCCAAGAUGAUGACAACUCCCUUACAGAGUUGCAGUAAAUCCCGUGGGCUACCAGGAUUGCCUGCCUUGCCCUCCACAGUUAAAGAACCAUCAGAUCUUUAUCAGAUUGUUCUGCGUAAUAGUCAACAUCCACCAUUAAUGAAAGGCACGUCAUGGACUUUAGCUGCACCAUUUAAGGAAGAGAAAUAUCAUCGUACACCCAGUGAAUCUAUAGCCAACAACUACACUCCCUCAGCUAACUCUUUAAAACUCAAAGAUCUGCCAAAAGUUUAUAAAUCAAAAUCAAAAAGACCCAAUUUGCCUGCCUUAGUCGAAUCAAGAAGUCCUAGAGCAGGUGCUGUUAGUCCAAAUAAGAAAAGAAAGAAAGACUUAUCACCAGACAGAAGAAAAGAUCUUCAAGAGAGUAAUGGUUGGAUGGGUGGCCAUACCUCACCGCUUCCUGAUAUUGAUUCUCUACCUCCCAGUCGACCUUUAACCCCAACAGAACAGAUGGAUAUUAUGUUAGCUAUAGAAUCUGAAGAAUUACAACAAACAGGCACAGCUUCUGAUAGAGAUUUGGAGAGGUACUAUUAUUACAUUGAUAGAGGAAUACAUGAUAAAAUGUUGGCACCACCACAUCCUAGUCAGUUGAAGAAUAUUAAACACUUGGUGCCAUCAGCAUUAUUAAAUAAUCCUGAACUAGAAGAGAUGGAACAAAAUCUAGUAGAAGAAAUAAAUGAGGAUCAUAAACAGAGUCUAAGAAAAUCCAUAGUCGAUUAUAUUUUGAAAGAUCCAGAAGAAAAAGAAAGACUGUUUAUAUCAUGGACACCAAAACCGUUUCCACAGAGAAUGAUCCGAGCUCCUGUACCGUGGCAUGAUACAUAUCAACGUAUGAAGGGUUAUAGUGAAACAUAUCUCUUUAUAACAAAUCCUAUCAUGUUAUCAUUACAGAAUAUCUGGUUUGACAAGUUCUGUCAUGUUCGAUUUAUUAACCUGAAAGAACUACUUUCUGCUGAUCUGCCAUUGCUUCCUGUUGAGUUUGAAUCUUUGGUGAAGAAGCAAUGCUGGGAAGCACAUGAACUUCUGAAAAAAGAAUGGAUUCCCACUUGUGCCAAGGUGUUUAUAGAUCAGAAAGAUGUAUGGGAAUAUUUGGUGCCACCUAAUGAUACUGAUUCUACAGAACUUGUUGCUGAAUUCUUCUCUUGUGUUGCUGCCUUAAUGUCUAUACAAUUACGUAGUAUGGUCAUCAACUCACUUGCUGAUUUCCUCUCCUUUUUUCAACUGCAUGAGAAAGGAAAUGAUUUUGGAGAUGAUUUUGAAGAAUUGCAGUAUGUAAUGAAGCAAGUGAUGAUCAUCAAAUUGCGAGUACAAGAUCCUAAAAUUAUCUUCGAUCCUUUAUUCCGUGAAAUACGAGAUAUUAUACUCCGAUGUUUUACAGAAAUCAUUGCCUGUGCAGAAGGAUUGUCAAGAGUUGAAUGCGAAUUAUUUCCUGAUAUGAAAAACCAAAAGUUGCAUCUUCGAUCAGUAAAGUUAGAAGAAACACUAGUCACAGAUUUUAUUGAUAAAGCUAUGGAAAUAUUUAAAGAUAAUACCGUGGGACCACAGAAGUAUUUGAACACCUACAAGAAAUAUUCUGAUCUACUGAAUAAUAAAGCUGAUCAAGAUGUCACUAGUUUCCUUAAAGAAAGACAUUCUAUACAAGCUUUUAAACAGAAAAUCAACAGUUUACAAGAUCUGAAAGAUGAAAUAGCAAGUUUAAGAAUUACUGUGCCUUUGAGUAUGUUUUGUUUGGACUGUGUACAAUUAAAUCAAGAAUUAUGUUUGAGAGCUCAAAAACUGAGAGAAAGACUAAUCACAUUUGAGGUGGAUGAAAAUCGUGAUUUAAACCGAGGAAUAUGUAAACUCUAUGAUGAAAUGACGGAUAAAGUCAGUGAGAUGCCUGAUACAACUCAAGAAAUUGUCGAAACCCAGGAAUUUCUAAAAACGUCUAUGGAUGUCACAGUUCAUAAAUUAAAAGAUGAAAUAGAUGAAGCAGCCAAUAGAUUAAUGUUUCUGUUAGACUAUGCGAUAUUCCCCUUUGAAGAUAUUAAACUCAACAGUACUGUAUUCCAUUGGCCGGAACAUAUUCGUACUGUAUUUGAGUUGAAUCAAUCAAGAAUUAUUAACAAGCGAGAGCACAUUGAAGAGGAACUAAGAAGAAAAGUUUCUGCCUUUGAAAAUCGUCUGGCAGAAUAUAUGACUAAAGUGGAAUCAUAUAAAAAGAAAGAGAUAAUGAGUGUAGAUGAAAUGAAGAAUAAUUGUGAGAAUUUAAAACAAUUACACGAAAGUCUAGAAACAGCUAGAGAAGAAUUAGAUGCUGUUAAUGAAGAAGAACGUCUGUUAGAAUGGGAACAAAGUUCUUUCCCUGAUCUACAGUUAAUGUUUACAAUGAAAGAACCAUAUGAAAAGUUGUGGAAUACAGCAUACACUUUCCACCAAAAACAUGAAAACUGGAUGAAUGGAGCAUUCCAGGAAUUAAAUGCUGAAGAUAUAGAAACUGAAGUUGUUGAUAUGUGGAGAAGUAUGUAUAAAUUAACUAAAACAUUUAGUGAUCAAGCUGGUCCUAGACGUAUAGCUGAUAGUGUUAAAGGAAAGAUCGAUAAAUUUAAACAACAUAUGCCCAUCUUACAGACUAUUUGUAAUCCUGGUAUUAGAGAUCGUCAUUGGGAUAUGAUGAGUGAUACAGUUGGUUUUAAUAUAAAACCUGAAGGUGAUAUUUCACUGUCUAAGAUGUUAGAAUAUGGUCUUCACAAACAUCUUGCCAAACUAGAGGAAAUCGGUGCUGCUGCAGCCAAGGAAUAUUCUCUAGAAAAGGCUUUGGAAAAGAUGAAGUUUGAAUGGAAGGAUUUAAUUUUUGAAAUGCUUCCAUACAGAGAUACAGGAGUUAGUAUUUUGUCAUCUGUUGAUGAAAUACAGCUACUACUAGAUGACCAUAUUGUGAAAGCUCAGACUAUGAGAGGUUCACCAUUUAUAAAACCAUUUGAAGUUGAAAUGAAGGAAUGGGAAGAAAAACUGGUAUUGAUGCAAGAUAUUAUAGAUGAAUGGCUUAAGUGUCAAGCUACAUGGUUAUAUUUAGAACCUAUCUUUAGUUCAGAAGAUAUUAUGGCUCAGAUGCCAGAAGAAGGGCGUAAGUUUGGAAUUGUGGAUAGUUAUUGGAGAGAUAUAAUGACUGAGUCUAUUAAAGAUACACACUGUCUAGCUGCUACAGCACAAGCUAAUAUGUUAGGAAGAUUGAGAGAAGCUAAUGUUUUACUGGAAGAGAUUCAGAAAGGAUUGAAUGCCUACUUAGAAAAGAAACGACUGUAUUUCCCCAGAUUUUUCUUCUUGUCUAAUGAUGAGUUGUUAGAAAUAUUAUCUGAAACUAAAGAUCCUACGCGUGUACAACCUCAUCUGAAGAAAUGUUUUGAAGGAAUGUAUAAACUAGAGUUUACAGAACAACAAGAAAUUGUCGGCAUGGUAUCAUCAGAAAAUGAAACUGUACCAUUCAGUACUAAGAUUUACCCAGCUAAAGCUAAGGGUAUGGUAGAGAAAUGGUUAUUACAAGUAGAAGAUGUUAUGAUAAGUAGUAUUAGAAAAGUUAUUAUAGAAUCUAUGAAAGCAUAUAAAGAAUCACCUCGUAGACGGUGGGUUAUAGAAUGGCCUGGUCAGGUCACAUUAGCUGUUAGUACUAUUUAUUGGACAGCAGAAGUAACAGAAGCAAUGAAAGAACCAAAUGGAAUGAAAGAUUAUUUAGAGAAGAGCAAUCGUCAGAUUGAAGAAAUUGUAGAACUUGUACGGGGUAAAUUAGAGGGUGGAGCUAGAACAUCUCUUGGUGCUCUUACUGUUAUAGAUGUACACGCUCGAGAUGUUGUUGCUUCUAUGGCUAAGAACAAUUUACGAAGUCCUAAUGAUUUUGAUUGGCUAGCACAGUUACGAUAUUAUUGGGAAGAUGAUGUUAUUGUUAGAAUGAUAACAACAGAUAUAAAUUAUGGUUAUGAAUAUUUAGGAAAUACUCCACGUCUUGUUAUUACACCACUUACUGAUAGAUGUUAUAGAACGUUGAUGGGAGCUUUAAAACUGAAUCUUGGUGGUGCACCAGAAGGUCCUGCUGGAACUGGUAAAACAGAAACAUGUAAAGAUUUAGCCAAGGCAGUGGCAAAACAGUGUGUUGUAUUCAACUGUUCAGAUGGUCUGGAUUUUAAGGCCAUGGGUAAAUUCUUUAAAGGUUUAGCACAAGCUGGUGCCUGGGCUUGUUUUGAUGAGUUCAACAGAAUAGAACUAGAAGUAUUAUCUGUAGUUGCUCAACAAAUUCACACUAUACAACAAGCUAUAGCCAAUAAAAUGAAGAGAUUUAUAUUUGAAGGAACAGAACUAUCGUUAAAUCCUACGUGUACUAUGUUUAUUACUAUGAAUCCUGGUUAUGCUGGACGACAGGAACUACCUGAUAACUUAAAGGUAUUGUUCCGUACAGUAGCUAUGAUGGUGCCAGAUUAUGGUUUGAUUGGUGAAAUUGUUCUCUAUUCUAUGGGAUUUGUUGAUGCCAGAAGUUUAUCUAACAAGAUUGUAGCCACAUAUAAAUUAUGUUCUGAGUUAUUAUCAUCACAACAUCAUUAUGAUUAUGGUAUGAGAGCUGUGAAAUCUGUACUUACUGCAGCUGGUAAUUUAAAACUCAAAUAUCCCGAACAGGACGAAGCUGUCUUAUUACUCAAAGCCAUCAGUGAUGUCAAUUUACCGAAAUUUUUGGCACAGGAUGUACCUCUUUUUGAGGGUAUUAUAUCUGAUUUAUUCCCUGGUGUUGAAUUACCUAAACCUGAUUAUGGAGUCUUCAUGGAAUCUCUUAAAGAAAAUAUAUUGAAGAGACAACUACAGACUGUUCCAUGGUUUAUUGAUAAAAUCAUCCAGAUUUAUGAGAUGAUAUUGGUUCGCCACGGUCUUAUGAUUGUUGGUGAGCCGCUUGGUGGAAAGACACAAGCUUACCAGGCUCUAGCUGAUACACUAGGUGAUCUGUGUGUGGCUGGUCUUUUCAACGAGAAUAGAGUACAAUAUAGAAUUAUUAACCCAAAAGCUAUAACUAUGGGACAACUGUAUGGUUGUUUUGAUCCUGUAUCACAUGAAUGGUCUGAUGGUGUUUUAGCCAAUACUUUCCGUGAAUAUGCCAGUAACCCCAAUGAAGAUCGUAAAUGGAUUUUAUUUGAUGGACCUGUUGAUGCUGUGUGGAUUGAAAACAUGAACACAGUACUUGAUGAUAAUAAAAAGUUAUGUUUAAUGAGUGGAGAAAUUAUACAGAUGAGUAACACAAUGAAUCUGAUAUUUGAACCAGCAGAUUUAGAGCAAGCUUCCCCUGCUACCGUCAGUAGAUGUGGUAUGAUUUAUCUUGAACCCCAUCAAAUGGGUUGGCAGCCACUCAAAGAUUCCUACAUGAAGUAUGUUCUACCCAAAAAUCUUAAUGAGGAACAAGUUGAGUUGGUUACUGAUCUUUUUGGUUGGUUGAUUCAGCCAUGUUUAGACUUUAUAAAGAAGAACUGUAAAACAUUUAUCAAUACGUCUGAGAUGCAUUUAGUCCAAUCACACAUGCGUCUGUAUACAUGUUUAAUGGAUGAAAUUAUAGCCGCCAUUAAUCAUCAAGCAGAAGAAGAGGAAGGUGUGGAAUCAAAACAGGAACAACUUACAAAUCAACAGAUAUUUCUGUGGUUACAAGGAUUAUUUAUAUUUUCGUUAAUCUGGACAAUAGGAGGAACUAUAACAGGUGAAGGACGAAAGAAAUUUGAUGUGUUUUUUAGAAACUUGAUUGGUGGAACUGAUCAAGAUAAUCCUAAACCUAAAAGUAUCAAACUUACAAAGAGUAACUCUAUCCCAGAAAAGGGCAGUAUUUACGAUUAUUGCUUUGAGAAGAAAUCCAGUGGACAUUGGAUAGAUUGGAUGGAUACUAUAGAUAAAAGUUUACUAACUAUACCACCUACUGCUAAAGUUAGUGAUUUAAUUAUACCUACUAUGGAAACAUCUAGACAGAGUUAUUUUCUACAGACCUAUUUAUCACAUGAAGUAUCCACACUGUUUGUUGGUCCUACUGGUACUGGUAAAUCUGCUAUUACAAACAGCUACCUGAUGAGUUUACCUAAAGACAUGUAUGUGCCAAACUGUAUCAACUUCUCUGCCCGUACUUCAGCCAAUCAAACACAAGAUAUAGUCAUGUCAAAACUAGACAGGAGAAGAAAGGGUGUGUAUGGGCCACCUAUGGGUAAAAGAUCUGUUGUAUUUGUUGAUGAUCUCAACAUGCCAGCUAAGGAGAAAUAUGGAGCACAACCUCCUAUAGAAUUAUUACGACAGUGGAUUGAUCAUGGACAUUGGUACGAUAAAAAAGAUACAUCAAAAGUGUUUUUAACUGAUGUUUUAUUCGUAUCAGCUAUGGGUCCACCAGGUGGAGGUAGAAAUGAUAUUACUAAUAGAUUUACUAGACAUUUAAAUAUUAUGUCUAUUGAUGAGUUCGAUGAUACAACCAUGACUAGGAUAUUUGCUACUAUAACAGACUGGCAUUUCUCUAAAGGUUUUGAUCCGGCUUUUGGUAGAAAUGGAAAGUUACUGGUUCAAGCUACCAUGGCUGUAUAUAAAGAAGCUGUAGAGAAGUUUUUACCAACUCCCAGUAAAAGUCAUUAUGUAUUUAAUCUUCGUGAUUUCUCUCGUGUUGUUCGAGGUGUAUUACUAUUACCUGCUAGUAACAUGCAAGAAUCAGAGAAAUUGAUGAGAUUAUGGGUACAUGAAGUAUACAGAGUCUUUUAUGAUCGUCUUAUUGAUGAUGAUGAUAGAUUAACAUUUUUUAACAUGGUAAAAGAGAUGUGUCAGACUCAUUUUAAGUUAAGCAUAGAUAAAGUACUCGGUCACCUUUCUAAAAGUGGUCAUGUUGUAGAUGAUGAUGUAAGAAGUUUAUUUUUUGGUGAUUAUAUCAAUCCCGAGUCUAAAAUCUAUGAUGAAAUAACAGACUUGAAGGAGCUGACGUCAUCUAUGGAACAUUAUUUGGAUGAAUAUAAUACUAUGAGUAAAGCACCUAUGCACCUGGUUAUGUUCAAGUUUGCCAUUGAACAUAUAUCUCGAGUUAGUCGAGUUUUGAAGCAAGAUAAUGGACACGCCCUGCUUGUUGGUAUUGGUGGUAGUGGAAGACAGAGUGCUGCUAAGCUGGCAUCAUUCAUGGCAGACUAUGAUUUGUUCCAGAUUGAAAUUACUAAAAAUUAUUCUACUAAUGACUGGAGAGAGGAUCUUAAAAAGUUGUUAUGUAAAGCCGGAACUGAAGGAAAACCAACAGUAUUUUUGUUCUCUGAUAAUCAAAUUAAAAAUGAAUCAUUUAUGGAAGAUAUUAGUAUGAUAUUAAAUACUGGUGAUGUACCUAAUAUAUUCCCAUCUGAUGAAAAGGCAGAAAUCAUAGAAAAGAUGCAAACAGUGGCUAGAAAUGAGGGAAAGAAAAUAGAAGCUACGCCACUAGCAAUGUAUAAUUAUUUCAUUGAUCGAGUCAAACAGAAUCUACAUAUUGUUUUAGCUAUGAGUCCUAUUGGUGAUGCAUUUAGAAAUCGUUUGAGAAUGUUUCCUUCCCUUAUUAACUGCUGUACUAUAGAUUGGUUUCAGGCUUGGCCAGAAGAUGCUUUAGAAAUGGUAGCUAAUAAAUUCCUAGAAGAUGUAGAAUUAGAUGAUAAAGUGAGAAUAGAGACGGUAGUAAUGGUGCGAUUCUUUCACGAAAGUGUUCGUCAACUAUCUGAAAGUUAUAUGGAGAUGUUAAGAAGACACAACUAUGUAACACCCACCUCGUAUUUAGAAUUAAUUAUGACAUUUAAGAAAUUGUUGGGUAAAAAGAGAGAUGAGAUAAUGUUAAUGAGGAACAGAUAUUUAACAGGUUUAGAGAAAUUAGAUUUUGCUGCAUCCCAGGUAUCCAUCAUGCAACAAGAGUUGACUGAUCUUCAACCUGAACUUAUUCAGACAUCUGCUGAUACUGAAAAACUGAUGAUAAAAAUAGAACAAGAUACAGUAGAAGUAGAAGCCAAGAAAGAGGUUGUAGCAGCAGAUGAAGCUGUUGCUAAUGAAGCAGCAGCAGCAGCUCAAGCUAUAAAAGAUGAAUGUGAAGGUGAUUUAGCUGAAGCUAUACCAGCUUUAGAAGCAGCUAUAUCAGCUCUUAAUACAUUAAAACCAUCAGAUAUUACUAUGGUGAAAUCUAUGAAGAGUCCACCUGCUGCAGUAAAACUUGUCAUGGAGUCUAUCUGUGUAAUGAUGGCUAUAAAAUCAGAACGGAAACCAGAUCCAGGUGGAUCCGGAAAAAUGAUUGAAGAUUUCUGGGGACCAUCUCAGAAAUUAUUGGGAGACUUGAAGUUCUUGGAUCGACUCAAGUCAUAUGAUAAAGAUAACAUUCCACCACCUAUUAUAAAAAGAAUCAGAGAAAAGUACUGUUCUAACCCAGAAUUCGAGCCUAACUUAAUUAAGAAUGCAUCUACAGCUUGUGAAGGUUUAUGUCGGUGGGUUAGAGCUAUGGAUAUUUAUGACAAUGUAGCUAAAGUUGUUGCACCUAAAAAAGCCAAAUUAGCAGAAGCUGAAGGUGAACUGUCAGUACAAAUGGAGAAAUUGAAUGAAAAGAGGAGUCAGUUACAAGCUGUGACUGAUAAAUUACAAGCUCUAAAUGAUGAGUUUGAGGCCAUGACACAGAAGAAGAAAGAAUUAGAAGAUAACAUAGAUCUGUGUUCUAAGAAGUUAGAUCGUGCAGAGAAACUGAUCGGUGGAUUGGGAGGAGAGAAAGAUAGAUGGACAGAUGCAGCUAAAUUAUUGGGAGAGAAAUAUAUUAAUACUACAGGAGAUGUAUUGUUAUCAGCUGGUGUAGUAGCUUAUCUUGGUGCUUUUACAGUGGAUUUUAGACAGCAAAUAACUAAGAAAUGGCAUCUGUUAUGUAAAGAGAAAGAGAUACCAUGUUCUCAGACCUUCUCUUUAAAUUCUACACUUGGUGAACCUGUUAAAAUACGAGCCUGGAAUAUAGCUGGUUUACCUGUUGAUUCAUUUAGUGUUGAUAAUGGUAUUAUAGUAUCAAACUCUAGAAGAUGGCCACUUAUGAUUGAUCCACAAGGUCAAGCAAACAAAUGGGUGAAGAAUAUGGAGAAAGAGAAUAAACUAGGCAUAGUUAAAUUAUCUGAUGCUAGCUAUAUGAGAACAAUGGAGAAUGCUAUACAGUUUGGUUCACCAGUGUUAUUAGAGAAUGUAGGAGAAGAACUGGAUCCUAUAUUAGAACCCAUUUUACAGAAACAAACAUUUAAAGCACAAGGUGUAGAAUAUAUACGACUAGGAGAUAGUGUUGUUGAAUACUCACAAGAUUUUAAACUAUACAUAACUACAAGAUUACGUAAUCCUCAUUAUUUACCAGAAAUCUCAGUCAAGGUAGCAUUGCUAAAUUUUAUGAUAACACCCCUUGGUUUAGAAGAUCAGUUAUUGGGUAUUGUUGCUGCAAAGGAAAAACCAGAGUUAGAGGAAAAGAAGAAUCAACUUAUCAUUGAAAGUGCUGCUAAUAAAAAACAAUUGAAAGAAAUUGAAGAUAAAAUCUUAGAAGUUUUGUCUUCUUCACAGGGUAAUAUUCUUGAAGACGAAACAGCCAUCAAAAUCUUAUCAUCUUCUAAAACUCUAUCAGAAGAAAUCGAAGCUAAACAAGAAAUAGCAGCUGCAACAGAAAUAGAGAUUGAUGAAACUAGAAAUGGUUAUAAACCAGUAGCUGUUCAUUCUUCUAUAUUAUUCUUCUGUAUAUCGGAUCUAGCUAAUAUAGAACCAAUGUAUCAAUAUUCAUUAACAUGGUUUAUAAACCUAUAUCUUCAGUCUAUUGUAAAUAGUGUACCAUCAGACAAUUUAGAAGAAAGAAUAUUUAAUCUCAAUGAUCAUUUUACCAACAGUAUCUAUCGUAAUGUGUGUAGAUCAUUAUUUGAGAAAGAUAAACUUCUCUUCUCCUUUGUAUUGUGUUAUGGAAUCAUGAAAGGACAGGGUAAAAUUGACGAAGAUGUAUGGAGAUUUUUAUUAACUGGUGGAGUGGCCUUAGAUAAUCCAUUCCCUAAUCCUUGUUCUGACUGGUUGAGUGAAAAGGCAUGGUCAGAAAUAGUACGAGCUAGUGAUCUACAAAAACUCAAGGGAUACCGACAACAUUUCCAGGAAAAUACAAAAACUUGGAGAAAACUUUAUGAUUCUUCAGCACCACAAGAUCAUAAAUUACCUAGUCCAUUUGAUGCCGUUACUGGUAUGGGUAAAAUGGUCAUACUGAGAACAUUACGACCAGAUAAAAUAGUUCCUGCCGUACAAGAUUUUAUUGUGGAUAACCUUGGACAGUCAUUUAUUGAACCUCCAACUUUUGAUCUAGCUGGUUCAUUUGCUGACUCUAACUGUUGUGCUCCAUUGAUCUUUAUAUUGUCCCCUGGUGCCGAUCCUAUGGCAGCUCUUCUCAAGUUUGGACAAGAUAUGGGGUACUCUGGUCAGAGAAUUCAAACUAUUUCACUAGGUCAAGGACAGGGUCCUAUUGCAGCUAAGAUGAUAGAAAAUGCUAUCAAAGAUGGCAGCUGGGUUGUUCUACAGAAUUGUCAUUUAGCAACAAGUUGGAUGCCUAAAUUAGAAAAGAUUUGUGAAGAGGUCAUUAUACCAGAAAAUACAAAUAAAGAUUUUAGACUGUGGUUAACUAGUUAUCCCUCUGAUGAAUUUCCUGUAUCCAUAUUACAAAAUGGUGUUAAAAUGACAAAUGAACCACCUAAGGGAUUAAGAGCUAAUUUAUUACGAUCAUAUUUAAAUGAUCCUAUAUCGGAUCCAGCUUUCUUUGGUAGCUGUAAUAAAGCCGAGAAAUGGCAUAAGAUGCUCUUCGGUCUCUGUUUCUUCCAUGCCAUGGUCCAAGAGAGACGAAAGUUUGGUCCAUUAGGUUGGAAUAUUCCGUAUGAAUUUAAUGAAUCUGAUUUAAGAAUCAGUAUGAGACAAGUUUUGAUGUUUUUAAAUGAUUAUGAUGAGUUACCUCUACCAGCUGUAACAUAUUUAACAGGAGAAUGUAAUUAUGGAGGUCGUGUAACAGACGACAAAGAUAGACGUCUGCUUAUGUCACUGCUAUCUAUAUUCUAUACAGAAGAAAUAGUCACUGAUGACAACUACAAGUUCUCUCCAACUGGUUUGUACUAUGCUCCUAAAGAAGGAAAUUAUAAUUCUUAUAUAGACUAUAUUAGAACAUUACCAAUGAUACAGAACCCUGAGGUCUUUGGUUUACAUGAGAAUGCUGAUAUUACUAAAGACAAUCAAGAAACACAAACGCUGUUUGACAGUAUAUUGUUAACAUUACCUAGACAAUCUGGUGGUGGUGGUAAAUCAUCAGGUGAAGUUAUACAGGAUCUUGCUGCUGAUAUUUUGAGUAAAUUACCACAAGAUUUUGAUGUUCCUUUUGUGAUGAAGAAAUAUCCUGUCAUGUAUAGUGAGUCCAUGAAUACUGUCUUACGUCAAGAACUUAUUCGAUUUAAUCGUUUAACUGCUGUAGUAAGAUCAUCUCUUCAGAAUCUACAGAAAGCUAUUAAAGGUUUAGUUGUUAUGUCAUCGGAACUAGAGGAGGUUUUUAAUAGUAUGUUAAUUGGUAAAGUACCAGGAGUAUGGGCAUCGAAAUCUUACCCUUCAUUAAAACCACUUGGUAGUUAUGUUACAGAUUUGUUACAAAGGUUGAAGUUCUUUAAAGACUGGAUUGAACAUGGAAUGCCGAGUACAUUCUGGCUAUCAGGAUUUUAUUUUACUCAAUCUUUCUUAACGGGUGUGUCACAGAAUUUUGCCCGUAAUACGAAGAUUCCUAUAGAUUUAGUUGGUUUCGAAUUUGAAAUAACAAAGGAAGAAAAAGAAAUGACAGAAAAACCACAAAAUGGUGCUUAUGUUUAUGGCUUGUUCCUGGAAGGUGCUAGGUGGGACAGAGAAAAAAUGUGUAUUGGAGAAUCUCACCCUAAAAUGUUAUUUGACUCCAUACCUGUCAUAUUGUUGAAACCUAAUAAAACAGAUGAAUUUAAACCAGUACAAAGUUAUACGUGUCCAGUUUACAAGACAAGUGCUAGACGAGGAACACUGUCCACAACAGGUCACUCUACAAACUUUGUUAUGAUGAUUAAGCUACCAUCAGAUAAACCUGAGUCUCACUGGAUUAACAGAGGUGUUGCUGCGCUUUGUCAAUUAGACGACUAAUUUUAAUCUUAGAUCGUCAAACUUUUUAUAUUGAUAUUCUUUUUGCAUGCAUUUUUUUGUCUUUAUAGAGUUAAAGUGCUGGAUAAGUAAUUUAUGAUUUUUAAACUAUUACAUGAAAAGUUAUACCAUUAAAAUGAAUCUUUAUAAUGUACCAUAGUUUUCAAAUUUCCAGCCAAAAAUGUUAAAUUGUCAGAUUUUCAAUAUUUGUAUUUGGCACUGCUCGUUUAAUUUGAUUGCCAGAUUUUAAAAAAAUGGAACAGCAUUAAUACUUGAAGCAUUAUACCACAAUAUGUAUAAAACCAACUUUAAUUGUAUAUAAUUUUGCGAUUUGUAUAAUAAUGUAUUUAUUGGGAUCAAUGUUAUCAUUAGCUUGUGUUUUUUUCCGUCCAGUCAAAAGCUAUCAUUUUAUAUUUAAGCUUAUAUAUAUAUAUAUAUUUUUUUAUGCAAGAAUCCCUCCCUUCCUGUGAUAUAUCCCAAAGUAGUAAGUGUCAAUCAUUCCUGCCAUCUAAACACAAUAUACAACACAAGGCUACAUUUUUUCUUCUAGAGGUAAUUCAAAUUUGAAAGCUGUAAUUUCAUACAAUAAAUAUGGCUUAAUUUAAUUUGAUGAUAUAUUGCAUUAAACUGUAUAUUUGUGGGCAAAGCUUCUUGAUCUUAAUGUUAAAUGUCUGGUAAGAUUGACAUUUCUGCUGUUAUAUAAUACUACUGAACAUUUAUGCUAGUUUAAGAGUUAGCCAAUGGAAGUUAAAGAAACAUUCCAAUUCUAAAUAAAAAUUGUAAAUAGAGUAAUGUAUAUUGCCAUGUUUUUGUUAUAGUGAAAUA